AUGCUAAAACCUAUUCUAUUUCCAAUUAAUGCAGAAGUCAUCGAUAGAGGUCAUUAUUAUGAAUUAAAAGACGAUGUUAUCAAUCAAUAAUAAGAUAAAAAAUAAAAGCAAAAACUAAUAUUAAAAGAAUUACUCGAAUUUAUUUUGAAUAAGCAAAUUUAACCCAGUUAAAGAGAAAUAAUCAUAAAGGCAUAUCGAAGAGUCCUUUUAGAAAAUAAGAAAGAAUAAUGGCUGAAGUUAUGUAAUUAUUCAGAUUCGUUCCUUAAUCAAUUCAAGCUAGACACAAAAUUUAUGGGGUCUGAUGAUGUAACUAUCAAUUAGGCUUUCUUAAAACUGAAUCAAAUAGUUAAGCAUUUCAUUCCAGAAUAUCUGGAAUAACAAUCAAAAGAAUUAACAAUUGAUAAUGAAUUUAUCGAAAAUAAUCUUAAAACAGUGCUAUCAUAAUUGAUUGAAGAUCUUUAAAAUUAUCAAAUCUAUAAAAGUGAUGUACAUCAUGGUUUGGAAGCUAUGAAAUAUUAUUAAUAAGAAACCUACUCUGCAACCUUAAGUUUGAUUUAAAGCCUAAACAAUUACAUUAAAUAUGUGUUAUUAUAUGAUGCUGAUUGCCAAUAGAUGUCAAUUGAAAAUUCAGAAGUUAUGCUCAAUACAUUUUAAUAGACCUUCACUUAAUGGUAUGAAAAAUCAAAAGCACGAUUAAAUGAUAAACUAAAUAUUUUGAAAAAAUAGGCAGAAUAGGCACUUAUGGAGAAAAAGAAAUAUGAGUUAGAAUUGGAGAUGCUAAAGGAGUAUGAAAAUAAAUUGAAAGAAGAUUAAAAUCUCUAAGAUGUGAUUAAUUAAAAUAGGGAACUAAGGAAUUAAAUAUAAGAGAUUAAAUAAUAAUUAAAAAGACAACAUUGA